AUGGCUGUAGAGGAAACCACUAAUGAAAUGAUAGAAGAAAGUUCGAUCUCCAUUUCUUCAGACGUAGUCAAUGAGAGCCUUGGCCAUCCAGGGGCGGAUCCUAGAGAUUCGGAAAGCGAGAUGGACUGCCUCAAAACCCUUUCCAGGCCCUGCCUUCCAAACAAGCUUUGGAUAAAGAGAGAUGUUGAUUAUGACCUGGAUCUAUCAUACUGCGAUAGGAUUCUCGAUAGAUUUGCUUUCAAUAUAAGCAGGCUGAGGGAGGGAGGAACAUAUGAAAGGGACAUUAACGAGGAUGCAUUCUAUUACAAAUACAAGCCCACUUCUCCCUGCGAUAUCGAGACAAUCAGAGACUCCAAGGAAAUUAAAGAAAAAAUAAGUUGCCGAAGACUGAGAGAAAUGUCUCUUGAGAUGAUCGACUAUUGUAUGAAGCUCAACAGAGAUGGAGAACACUUCAUCGAUCUCGAAGCAGCCACUCCAGAGCUUUCCGAGGAGGUUCGGGACCUUAUAAGAAGUAGUGCUCUGAAAAAGAAAAGAAUCCUUAACCUCCUACAUAAAGUCAGGAACCACAUAGGGGAAAUAAUACUUAUGGGCGAAAAGUGCCACAACCAUAUCGAGAAAUCAAAUGCCAUUGUCUUCAAGGGGAUCUCAUCUCUUGAAGACAGGAUCAUAGGAAACACCCGGACAGAUCCGUGA